UGUAUGUACCAGAUGAAUGGGAGGUGUUGAGGGAGAAGAUCACGAUGAACAGAGAGUUGGGUCAGGGGUCGUUUGGCAUGGUGUACGAGGGCGUUGCUAAGGGAGUUGUGAAGGACGAGCCAGAGACGUGUGUGGCCAUUAAGACGGUGAACGAAUCAGCCAGCAUGAGAGAGAGAAUCGAGUUCCUCAAUGAAGCUUCUGUCAUGAAGGAGUUCAACUGUCAUCAUGUGGUGCGUCUGCUGGGCGUGGUUUCUCAGGGCCAGCCCACCUUGGUCAUCAUGGAGCUGAUGACUAAAGGAGAUCUGAAGAGUCACCUGAGGUCACUACGUGCUAAAGAU